AUGCUCUUAGCAGGAGUGCAAGCUCUGCCCUUACUUAGUAUUUCAUCUUCCUCUUUAUCCCUAGGGAAAUUUUUGCUGAACUGGAAAAACAGUAGGAGUGUUUUGCCUUCACUCCAUCACCGAAUAGCAGGUGCCCAGGUUCUGGUUGCCUGUUACAC